GUACAGAGGGAUUGGCUGUUGGUGCAGGAGCUGGACGGAGCAGUGAGAACAAACUAAGGAAGUGUCUCUGCCCCGACAUCUCACCACUAAACACCUCGCCCACAAUCUGUCGAAAACUGCAGCAAGAUGCCUGAAGUGGAAGUCAAUUCUCUGUUUCUAAAAUCUAGACGGAGUGUGCUGAAGAUUCUGGAGAUGGUUGUGUCCUUUGUGACUUUCGUCUGCUUUGCUGCUUCGUCCUCCUCGGGGACUUUCCUGGCCGUUCCACUCAUGGAGAUUUUCAUCACGCUGGCCUUCUACCUCUUGUAUCUACUCAAGCUCGACUCCAAAAUAACCCUCCUCUUCUGGCCGCUGAUGGAUUCUGUAAACUCCAUAUUUGCAGCCUUGUUCUUGCUGAUUAUCUGCAUUGUGGCCUUGGCUCUGAGGACAACUGCGGGGGUCAUUGCAGCCUCGGUCUUUGGGUUCCUAGGAGCUAUCAUUUAUGUUGUGGACACGUAUGUAAUAUGCAAGCUCAUAACGUUCAACCAGUCCAAGAGCACCAGCAGAUAACCUGAGGGUGAUUGGUCUCCCAUAACUUGUCAUUUGGGCCCAUCUCUCGAUGGGUCCUCAGCUUCAGCCUCGGCAUACUCAGCUCAAUAUUUUGCAUCUCUCGAACGACCUGUGCUGUUCACCUGGACCCACCUUGUGAGAGAAUUCAAGACGGGCGGGCAAUGUUGAUUUUAACACAGUCUGCCUUAAUCCAGAGAUUAAUCCUCCCAUUGAGCAUUGUCAGAAUAACAUUCCUGGUUGGUAAAUAAUCUGUGAUGGCCUUAGAUAUCAAAUUACAAAGCAUUUACAAUGCUGAAACAAGGUCAUCAGAUUCAUACUGGCAGUCAAUGUCCUCACAACUUUGUCCACCCCUCCUCCAUCCAGAACCAUCACCUUCUUCCUUGUGAGUUUAUCCAGAGAUGCCUCAACGUCAUUCUUCACAGCAAUUACCUGUGGGAAUGACUUCCACAUUCCCAGUGGAUAAAGAGGUUUCUCUAAACUUCUCCACCUGAUUUAGUCAUAUCUAUUAGAUACUCCAGUUUUAUACACUCCCCCUCCUACAGUGGAAACUGACUUCUGUUUCUACAGUUUCCAAAGACUACCUUUAUGGGUCUUCUGUAGAUAGUAAGACAAGGGAGACCUUGGAAGCACAUUUACUGUGUGUUCUCCUGCGGUGUGUGAAAGGACGGAUCAAGCAACUCGUGCAGCUAAUUGACAAACUGGGUAAAGGGGCGGAGUCAGGAACUUCCAAGCGGUUCCCUAUUGAGCGUGCUGGAAUUUACACGCCCAUCCACGUCCACGCUGAUCUCUCCUAUAAGCACAAUCAGCGCUCACCUUCAACAGAUUUCCUCGUGUGUCUCAGAGGUUUUGGAAGCACAGAACGCCCCCGGAUUAUGGUGGGGGUUGCAUUCCAAGAAAAACGUCCUUAUUGCAAUUUUCACUAACGCAAACCCUUUACAACUGACAAAGUGUGUUGUUCCUUUCACACUUCGUGUUCAUUUUGUUGUUUCUUUUCUCACCUAAAUCCCAUAAGAGUAAAUGCUUAUUCUGUAUGUCAAAAGUUUUGGUGGAGAUUUGUGAUUUCCAUUACCCGAACUGCCAUAGUUUGGGGUACACUGUAAUCAUAUUGCAGCUUUAAUAAAAGUCUCCAAAUUCUGA